GAAAGACAAACCGACGGUGCCACUCAGCACGCUGGUGUGGUGGCAGAAGAACAUGCACGCGCGGAGCAUUCGAAGAUCGAGUCACCCCCCUACGGAGUCAGCAUCCCCCGUUAUCGUGUCAAUUGGGCAGGGAGGAAAAGGAGGAGAACGAAAUGGUCCCUAGCCCUAUGGGCAGCAAGCAGGGAUAUGCCAGACUCCCUUGACCCUGUCAACUUUUUGCACUUGGAAGGCCUGGGGCGACCGACGGGGCUAGAAGGGACGUGCGUUUUGGAUGCUUAUCACUGCCCUCCGAACUCCGAGAGCUAUUCCCUCCCCCGGGAGGGCUCCAAAACUCAGUCUGGCCCAGCUCAUGAAACUCAAGCUCAGUCGACAAACGUCCUCAGAGAGCAAGAAAAAGAGGUGGCCAGUCAAAGAAAGGGACACACAGGCACACAGGCAAAAGGUGUUCGGCUGCAACCCGCCAUUCGCGCUCUUCAGAAAUGUGCAAAUUACCCUAACCCAGUUGGCACGGAAGCGUCCAUUUCGUCAAGCCGUUUAUUGGUGCUCGAUAGUGCCUGUCACCAAACUUCCACACCCAGAGCGCCUCAGAGGGACACCAAAAUACGGAGUACCCGUUCCCUUUCUUUCUGGUUUAACUCGGACUCGACUCGGAGGGUGCUACUGUCUGCUGUCCCGAGUCUACGGUCGGGGAUCCAAUUACGGCACCAUUCUGUAUCUCUGGCGUCUCCUAUUUGGCUGCCUCAGGCAUGAGACUUCUUCGACUUUGACCAGAUAGGGUACGUUCACCAUCACCACUCCCUCGCUGGUCGCGCCCCCAAGGCUCUUGCCCCUACAGUGCCUAGCCACUUACAGCUGGGAGGCGGCAUCUCUCGCACACACUCCUCAAACUCUCCACCAGAUCUUUAGGACUCAUACUGGCUCCCACAACAACUAGCAACAUCCCCAAUCGCCUAACGGAUACCUGAUCCUACGACCAACCGACGGCGUGGUCCCGACUCAAACGGCAUACCUCUUUUCCCUGAAAUACCCACGCCAAAGCUUGCGAUAGCUUCAUUAAAUUUACGCCAUCCACCAAAACCCCGUGGCCAAACCCAUCGGAUCUCCCUUCCUCGUCCUCGCUUGAAUCCUGACAGCCUGAUCCGGCCUCGUUUCUCCCCCGACUGCCAUUCAAGAACCUCUCAAGCGAACUGCGCCGUGUCUUUGGUUUCGUGUGCAGGUGUACUGAAAGUCCCCUACCUGAUCCCCACUGAUCAUCUCUCCGCGUUUAUCUCUGCUCGUGGUGGACACGGUGGAAGCUUACAUAUCUGGGCAGGGCCAAUAUCAGCUGCCAAACACCCCCUCUCGGCUUCCACCACUCAGCACCCUGGCCGUGCGGCCUGUUUAGCGUGGUGCGCACCCAGGCCCUACUGCCCGGCUCCAUCUCCACCACCCGGUCGCCGCGCGAUCGCGAUUUGUAUCUCGCCCUGCCCACCCUGCGCCUCCAGCUGGGUGCGAGGCGUCUUGGAAGGCCAUCUGCAAGCCACAAGGGUGUCGGAUUGGCACGAUUGAUCAUCCUGGCGUCUGCCAAACACAGGCUCCCCAGGCCUAGCCGUUCUUUAUCGCUCCCUAUCGACAGGGUCAGUCGACGCCGCCAAAAUAUUCCGCGUCGUUAGAAUCGCUAUCCCACCUCUGCAUCUCUCUCAACUUCCUGGAAUCCUCAGCCCUUUUCCGACUGAACUGCUCUCCCCGUCCCAUUCUUUGUCCUUCUGUCUUCAUACAUCUCUCCCGCACCUUGUCGCUAUAACCUGAGAAUAUUGUCAUCAUCUUCGACUUCCUUUGCUCUGUCAUUCGUCUCGCUCUCUCAUCAAUUGGCCACUUCGCUUUGCGACGGUCGACGCACGAUCGACCCUGCGGUGGAUACUCCUUUUCUUACCUUUGAGUAUCGUCUUAGGACUUGUCGGUACUUGUCACAUCACCCCUCGAGAUUGAUAACUACUCUUGCUGGGAACUACUGGAGCUGUUGCUGUCACCGUUUCAGGUUUCACAAGUAUCACUUCGGUCUUGACCCUCCGGGCACUGGCAAAUAACUCCCCACUGAGUCCCGGAAUCUAUCGUUCCCGUUUACGGCCCUUUGCACAGCAUUUUGGGUAUUGACUCGGUACUCAGAACCGGCACAUCUUCAAUCGCAAAGAGCUACCAAACUAUCUCCAUCCUGAAUGUGUAAUUGCACGGCGCUCAACCAAUUCCCCUUCAAGCAAAGUGUCUUGCUCCUGGUUUAUCCUUGACAUUCUACUGUCAAAGGAGCCUUCUUGCCGUUUCCAGUUCAGCUCGGGUUAGUGGUAGGCGAAGGUCCGACUCUCCCUACUCCUCCUCGCUCUUCGAAGCAUGAGUGUGGUUGCAUUUAAUUUCCCGGAACCUCGACUGCAGCUUAGUUUGUCGGAUUCAUAUACUAUGCCCGCGCAUCCUUUAGGGUUUGAGGGUGCGGCUGCCGACAGGCGGAUGUCGAGCGCGAAUGAAGCCGCGCUCAUGGCUCUGCCGACAGUCAUGUUGCGACGUCUGCCACGAAAUACGACCCUCGAGGCGGUGCGCACGAUGCUUUUGUUCGCCAAAGACCUACAAGAUACCGAGAUCAUCCCGAACGAGUAUGAAGAAGAUGCCGGCUUCACCACCGCGGUCGCUCGAUUUGGUUCCAUGGCUGGGGCAACUGAGGCACAAACCAUGCUUGAUGGCAAGCCUAACACAGCUGGACAGGCCAAAAUGAUUGUGGAAGUGAUAAACAACCCAUCUAUGGCAGCAAUACCUCGACGCAACACCAUUGAUCCUCUGGCUAGCCGCAAAAUAGGCCAGUCGGUGUCGCCCUCCAUGGCCAGCGCCCAGAAAUCCUCGCGGUUUAACGGCACCUUCCAGUCCAUGGACAAGACGUCUCCGCCGCCUGUGGGAUCUCCGCCAGAACUGGUGUCAUCUGACACCAGUUCCCAACUGCAGACGAUCUUUUCGCCGCAGUCGCCUAUACCGAGUGGCCUGGCGGAUCGCCCUCGAGCCAGCGGAAAGAAGGUAAUCAACGAAGACGGCGCAGAUGACGACACGGGCGAGUUGCUGAAGGAUCCCCUGGCGUAUAUGAACAACUCAUCAAGCAACCCAACGGGCAAAAAGCCAAACAACCCGCAUAUGCCUACUGGUGCCUUCUCGGCCCUCUCCCUGAACACCAAUAUUGGGAACGGGGCGGCGUCCAACUAUGCAUCUCCUCGGUCUGCGGUCGGAUCUCGCACACCUCACGCGCAAUUUCCUAUAAUAGGGCCCAACGGACACUACUCGAUUCCCUCUCAACCCUACCUACGGCAUAACUAUCCGCCUGUCAAUCCUGCCGACCAAAACCCACCCUGUAACACCUUGUAUGUUGGCAACUUACCGAUUGACACCUCGGAGGACGAGCUCAAAGCGAUGUUUUCCAAACAGCGCGGUUACAAAAGGUUGUGCUUCCGGACCAAACAGAACGGGCCAAUGUGUUUUGUGGAAUUUGAAGACAUUUCGUUUGCAACCAAGGCCCUGCAUGAGUUGUACGGGGCGCAGCUCCAUAAUAGUGUCAAAGGGGGCAUCCGGUUGAGCUUCUCGAAGAAUCCGCUGGGAGUCCGUGCUGGUCAGCCCGGUAGCAACAACCCAAGCACGCCCCUUAGCGCCACGGGGCCGAUGAGUGUCAGCGGAUACAGCAAUGUCACGCCUGGUGGCUUUUCGACGGCUAGUGGACCGCCUCCAGGCCUGUCGGUUCCGCCAGGACUCAACAUGUCCCUGGCCGGGAUGAAUGGCGCUGGUGUCCCUCCAGGGGCUUUUGUGAAUCAAGGAUUCCCUCUGGGAGCUAGUCCGGCGCCCAAUAUGCGGGGGAUGGCGAUGAACGGUGGGGCACCGGGACCGGGAGGAGUCGGGGGAAUCUAUCCCGACUACAUGCUCGGACGGUGAAGGAGGCAGGCUGCAGGAGAGAGAGAGAGGGUGCAGUGUUACGGGGAUGCACGAUCAUCAUAUUUCCAGCAUGGUGGAAAGUCUAGCAUGGGUGUGAUAUUGAACUGCUUUACGGCUAGCAUACAUCUGUCCAGCUUGGGACCUGGGCAGGGAGCAUAUGUUUUUGGGGAUUUUGGGCUGAGCCGACAUGGCGAGAUUGUCGUUGAUUGAUUUCCAAGCACAAAGAUUCCCCCUUUAGCAGACAACAAGCAGGCGGGCAAGCGACAUGGCGUUAUUUUCUGAUUUGGUCUAGGCCGCAGAGUUUUUGCGGCCUGGAAGGGAACCACAGGAACCAGACACCGGGAGGGCAGAUUUCUACCAUGAUGUACUCACUGUCAUUAUCGAAGCGAUUGUUUAUUUUGCAUUGGUGGGCUGGAGCAGACAUUCCGGGCGAGGAUAGGGCAUGAAUUUGGCACUUUUUGCUCGGGAUGGACGGUAGACAUAUGGUUGCUUUUGGACACAACUUGGUGGACCGAGCCUUGACGGCGACGGCAAGGGUGGAUUAGGGAUCAUUUGUGCAAGACUCUGGGAGGAGGAGCGUUCUGACUUGUGACGAAAACAAGCUCCAUUGCAUGGGGAUUAUGAGAUGAAGAGCAAAGGCCACAGGAAACUGUUCAGGACGGUGCGCAUAUGUUUUGAUUUUGGUUUGAUCUGUGUUUGCUUUGUUACCACUGAUUCCGGGUUGAGUCUUGAAUUUGACUUAUAGCGAGGCAUGUAGUUAGCGACGGCACGAUCGAUGGAAUGGUAGAUUGACCUGGGGAGGAGACAAGGCGUGGGCUUCAUCGGCUAUUGAACGGGUUCUAAUAGCUCGAGGGUGAGUAGUAUAGAGUGGAAGUUGGAGUGGUGAUUUGCUGCUGCUUGGCUGGGUUAGUGCUUUGAUAUAGAGAGUUAAGAUGAAGGAUAACUCGAGAUGUCAAUCCAAGGAAGUAG